CGGGUCGUCGUCGAGCUCUCCCGCCCGAGGCCCACCCACACCGUCAAGAUCUUCGUCGGCAACGUCUCGGCCGCCUGCACCAGCGGCGAGCUCCGCGUCCUCUUCCAGGAGUAUGGGCCCGUCGUCGAGUGCGACAUCGUGAAAGAGAAGUCCUACCAGGAGGCGGACGGCGCCUGCGCCAUUGACGGAAGGAGGCAUGGCUAGUGCCGGAAGUUGCGGCAGAGGGGAAACAACAUGGCGCUGAGCGCGACAGGUCACGACGACGCCGAGUGGGAGCCGCCUUCCGAGGCCGAGCUGAAGGUGAUCCAGGCCCGGCGCGAGCGGCAGGACAAGAUCAGCAAGCUGAUGAGCGAGUACCUGCUGAAGGGCUACCGGAUGUUGGGGGAGUGUUGCGACGAGUGCGGGACCAUUUUGCUGCAAGACAAGCAGAAGAAGUUGUACUGUGUCACCUGCCAAGAGCUUAAUUCUGAUGUGGACAAGGACAAUCCAGCACUCAAUGCACAAGCCGCCCUUUCCCAGGUGCGGGAGCGACAGCUUGCUGCCAACACUGAUGAAAUGGCGUCGCGCCCAGAGCAUUGCGAAGGGGCAGCCUUGGGUCUCCGGUCAAACGCACCUGACCCAGCCCUUCCAGCAUCCACUGCUGCACCCAAUGCUCCAUUGGCACGCAACACCCUGGCUGCGGCAGAAGAGAUCAUUCUGCAGAAGAUCGGCUGGGCAAGCCAUCAUCUCCAAGAAACCACCUCUGUUGAAAGGAGCAUCCAGUUUUGUUCACUCAUCUGUUCUUGCACGGAGGCUCUCAAGGGCAUUAGGGAGCUGCCACAGUGAGGAUGCCCCAGCUUGUAAUGGCAGUGCCAGGCCUGGCAUGGAGUGUAGGCCAUGCCUGGGGUGCCAGAGGAAUCCUCUCCUCCACACCGUUUAUCAUAGGGGCUGGGUGAUUUAAUUAAGACUGGGCUCUCCCUUCUGAUUAAAAUGUGAACUUUUUUUUUUUUUUUUGCCUCAUACAAGUUGUCCUGACGUUUGAGGAAUGUUUCAGAGGAUUUGCACGUAUAAAUCUGUCUAAUCCGGGAGAAGGAAAGGAUAGAUAAACCAGAGUUAAAACUGGUUUGCUAGCAACAUUUUAGGCACCAAAUUUUGGGGCUCCUGCAGAUUCUUCAGCCUAGAUCCGCUCACCAUCCCGCUUACCAUCCAAAGAUUUCAGGUUAUCAGGAACUCCCAUGUGUUGUCAUUUUUUUUGUGAAGCAUUAAACGUUUCAAAUUUCAAGGCACAAGA